AAUCCAAAAACCUCGCCAAAUACAAUCCAGUUUUCUUUUAUCAAAAAUGGCACAAACACAAAAAGAGGACAAAUUUGAUAUUAAGGUGGUAUAUGAUAAAUUUGAGGCCUCCUUACAAGAAGAAGACGAUGUAGAUUUGGAACUUUACUUAGAAAGCUUUGAGGAACUUAACAAAUUCUUUAAUUUGAUGGGUACAGUUUUUGGUUUUGUAAGUAAAGACUUGAGACAAAAAAUGGACCAUCUCAAUAAUUUAUUAAAAGACAAUGAGACCUCGCACAAAUAUAAAACUGUGAAAACCAUGAUAGAGCACGAAAAAGAAAACGACUUGUUACAAAAGAGAGGCUUCAUUUCUGGCAGCAGGACAUUGUUGAGGAUACAUAGAGGAUUAGAGUUUAUUCAACUAUUCUUAAAGAAAAUUGGUGAUUUGCAAGACCAUGAUUCAUCAUCUCCCUCAUGUAGGGAGGCUUACGAUCAGACAUUGGCAAAACAUCAUUCCUAUUUAAUUAGAAAAGGCGCACAAGUGGCCAUGUACACUUUACCAACACGAGAGAAUCUACUAAAAAGGGUUUGUGGCGGUAUAGAUGAAAUCCAAAGAGCCAUAAAUUUAUUACCGAAAACAUUGGCAGCUUCCACUGUUGUUUACACUAGAAUUGAAACCUUAUAUUCACUUCACGACUUACACAAUUUACCAUAAAAUUUAGACAAAGUUGUAUUAUUGAACUACUGUAAAAGGAGUUUAAAAUUAUUGUAUGGUAAAAAUGUCUAUAUAUUAUUGGUGUGCUUAAUAACAUAUUAAGAAAUCUCUAUACAGGGUGGGGCACGAAAAACUUUCCACCCAGGUUUUCUCAGGUCUUAGGUGAUUAAUUAAAAAUCGCUUGGACACAUCAUUUUUUGUUUUUGACAUGCCCGAGCGAUUUUUGUUUAAACACCAACACCUGAGAAAACCUGGGUAGGAAGUUUUUCGUGCCCCACCCUGUAUUUAAAUUUUAUCAAAAUAUAUUUUUGUCAAGAGCAAUUAGCGGCCUAAAUUAGCUUGUGUGGUAUUUGUGAUAAUUUUACCAUCCAAAUGUUACAUUCCUAUUUGAGAAUCCUCAUUAGAUAAAUCCAGGUUUAUAUUUGUAUAUUAUAAAUGUAAUUUUUUUAUAUUAACAUUAAACUGAACAUUUUUGAAUGAUAAUGAUAAUACUAAGUAGCAUCAGAGGUUAUUGAAGAAUGCAAUGACUCUCUUGAUUAAAUAGUUUCCUAGAUUUAUUUUUGUUUUAUGUUGGCAAAUUUCAAAUUAUAUAUGUAUGUAUGUAAUAUAUAAAUUAAAAAUA